GGCCGCUACACCUUUACACACAAAAGGAACAAGUGUAUAGGUUCUGCCUGGAAAAGUUUUAUAAAAAUAACAGGAAAAUGCAAGAGGAAUGGAUCGACGAUUGUUACGACAUUAAUUACUCCGGGAAAAUCGGAAUUGCAGCUGUUUUUCUUUUGAAAAAAAGGAAUGACGCUACAACAAACGAAUUAGAGAACGAAAAAAUCGAACAAGCUCUCCAACAAGAUUUUGACGAUUUUACUGAGUUAUUUGAGAACAUGCAACUUGAUGUAAUGAAGUUCGGUGAAAAAAUGAAAUUUUCAGAAGCAGUGGCGAACCUGGAGAACGUAUCGAAGAAGCUGAAAUCAGAAAACAACUACAGUUGCUUUAUAUGCAUGUUCAUUGGUCACGGAAGCGAUGGAUGCAUUAAAGCAACAGAUGGCAAACUUGAUAUUCACGAAAACAUACUUGCUAAGUUCAUGACCCAUAAGUGUUUGGAAGGAAAACCAAAGAUAUUUAUAUUCCAGGCCUGCAGAGGUACAAAGAAAAACGUUAAGUCUGACAGUUCACUUUCUACACUAUGCGAUAAAGAGAUAAAAGCAGACGGUUCGGAUGUCUUGCUCUGUUAUGCUGCGUGGAGUGGUUAUGUAUCUUACGCCCUGACUACGAAUGAAUAUGAACGUGGAACCCAAUAUCUCCAGGAUUUACACAAGGCGUUACGGAUGUUUACAAAACCGGAUAAACCACAGAGUAUAUCAUCGACAAAUUGACCGCUGUGAAUAGAAAAGUGAGCAACACUCGUCUUCCCGCACCGGAAGAACCUGCGGAAGAGCCGGAGGCUAAGAAGCCAAAACCUGCAUCUCCUAUGAUUCUAGCAACAGGAAGAGACGGAUCAGAAAUAACGGCUGACCCAAAGAAUAAUUCAGAACCACCUAAGGUUUAUCACUACCAAGUGCCCUCGUUUGAAUCAUCUUUAAGGAAAAAGUUGUUUCUGAAGAUUCCUGUCAAUACACCCGCCCAGCAAGCAUCAGCAGAUGCUAAUCCAGAAGAAUAACUUUGUAUUCCACACCAUAUACUGUAUACUAUAUUGUUGAUAAAUAUAAUCGUUUGUAAAAAU